UUUAGCUUCAGUCCUUUCAGGGGAAGGAGCCCCCCAACACAGAAAUACAUGAGUUCCCCUUUCCGCGGGCAACACUGCACUGAGAGAAAUAGAAGCGAACAAGGACCGCGCCUGCGACUGCAUCGGCUAUCUGUGUCUGCCAUGAGCGCCAUGGAUGUGGACCUGGAUCUGAACAUGAACGUGAAUCUGGGAAGGGGGCCACGUCGCUCGACCUCGAUCCAGAGCUCCCUGCUCAGCUGCUUCGAGCACCUGGCCGAGGUCGCUGUGAUGGCUACCACCGGCGGGGGCCACCUGCUGAGGCUGCUGGCCGAGUGGGGCUCCGCCCGAAGAGACGAUGAAGGAGAUCCGGCCCGCCCCUCUGGUAUCGGGAAUGGGAAUGGUUAUGGCAGUGGAAAUCGAAGAGGAAAUGCUAACGGUAAUGGGAGAGAGACCGGUGACGGGGGAAAGGGAACCGGGAGCGCAAACGGAACCGGACCCGGAUGCGGAUGCGGAAGCGGAGGAGGCAGCCGAAGCGAAAGCGGAAUUGGAGCCGGAACCAAAUGCCGGAAUCAUCGACAUCAUAAUCGAGAUUGCAAUCAGGUGCAGGACACGGAGUCGCACGUCCUCGGCGAUAUCCGAAGUUCUGACGAGGAGGACAAACGGACCAGGAGGCGACGGGCGGCCGGGGAGGGAGGUGACUGGUACCGCGGGGGAAAUCAGAAGGUCCAGACCCGGGUGCUGCGGCUGGUCAGCGUCGUCUGCGGCUUCGCCAAGGACCUCUCUAUGUACCCGCAAUACAAUCGCGGCAAGUUCGGCGAGGAUGCCUGGUUCAAGACGGUGACUCCACACGCGGACACUUUGGGCGUGGCGGAUGGAGUGGGCGGCUGGCGGAGCUACGGCGUCGAUCCCGGGGAGUUCAGCAUGUUCCUGAUGAGGUCCUGCGAACGCCUGGCCUGCUCCAAGGACCACGACCCCCAGCGGCCGGACCUGCUCCUGGCCCGCGCCUACUGCAACCUUCUGGAGCAGAAGAGCCCGGUGGUGGGCAGCUGCACGGCCUGCAUCGUGAGCCUGGACCGCGCCACCGGCAUCCUGUACGCGGCCAACAUCGGGGACAGCGGCUUCAUGGUGGUGCGCGGCGGAACGGUGGUCUGCCGCUCCGUGGAGCAGCAGCAUCAUUUCAACACCCCGUACCAGCUGUCGGCCCCCCCGCCCGGGCACGCGCUGAACGUCCUCUCCGACGGACCGGAGUCAGCGGACACCCUGGAGUUUCGGACGGAGCCUGGCGACGUCCUGCUGCUGGCCACCGACGGGGUGUACGACAACGUGCCGGAGCACCUGCUGCUCGAGGUGCUGAGCGAGAUGGCUGGGGUAGCGGACGCAGUGCGCCUCCAGAUGGCCGCCAACGCGGUGGCCCUGAUGGCCCGCACUCUGAGUUUCAAUCCGGACCACGACUCGCCCUUCAGCCAGAACGCGCGGAGGAGCAACAUCGACGCGCCGGGCGGCAAGCCAGACGACAUAACCGUGAUACUGGCCACGGUUUGCUAGGCAUCCGUGGAAGGCGUUUGGUAGAGUCUGGGGAAGUGGGAGCACAGAGAGAACGGGAAGUGGAUCGAGAAUGCUUCGGAUACUUUUGCCUAGCAGCAUUUACUGACGACCGACCGCUCGCCCCGUCCUGGGACAGUUGCUGGUAAUAGCUGUCCGGCGGAGUGGGCUACCAGAAAAUUACUAAAAAAAUUUCAAUCAUGACCAACAUGACAAACAUGAAAAAUCUAAAAAAAAAAAUAGGCAUUCCCCUCCCGUUCUCCUUCCCUCUCUCUGCGGAGCCCUUCCCAGCGAACCCGUUUUUUAUCGAUCCCCGUUUUUAACUUUCACGUAAACGCACUGCGAUGUAAGAACACACACGCAUCCAAAAAUAUUACAAAAUUGUUUUAAGUGUU